AUGUCUGGACGAAUAGCCAAAGGCCUGGUAGAGCGGAUAUCUCAAGUUAUGGGUGGCACUUGCCCACAUCAUUGUCACGAUCCGAGUCCUAUAGCUGUAGCAAGAUUGAGUGGAGGAGGGGCAACUCCAGACAACGCAUUUGAAAUGAUUUGUUCUACGAUUCGUUUUGGAAAGGGAGUUACUUCUGAAAUUGGUUACGAUGUGAGGCAGUUGGGUGCUAAGCAUACACUAAUUGUUACGGAUAAGAACGUGAUAAACACUACAGCGUUUAAGUGA